AUGGAGUCCACCGCCGGCGGUUUCGUCGUGGCGGCGAAGGAGGGUAGGGAGGUGCAGAGGGAAGUCGGAGUCUGUAGGAUUUGCAGCGACGAGAUUGGGUUGAAGGAGAAUGGCGAGGUGUUCGUGGCUUGCAAUGAGUGUGGCUUCCCGGUUUGCCGGCCGUGCUAUGAGUAUGAGCGGAGGGAGGGGAGCCAGACCUGCCCGCAAUGCAACAGGCGUUAUAAGCGUCUUAAAGGUAGUCCGAGAGUUGACGGAGAUGAAGAAGAUGAGGGUGAACAAGACGAUUCAGUGGAAGAUUUCCAAAACAACAGCAGAAAGAGGGCAGUACAGGAUAAUCAAGCAUUCGAUACGCAGUCGCUAAAAAGCGAGCAAGCUCAUCAAUGGAGGACCAAUGUUGCAGCUUAUUCUUCCUUUGGGAGUGGUAAUUAA